AUGAGGGAGCACGUCGAUCGCGGCCAUGGGGGGGCUGUGCUGCGCAGCGACGACGCGGGCAGUUUCACCGAGAACGCGGGUUUUGCGGUUCGCGAGAACGAUGGGGACGUUGGCGGCGAUGCGAACAGGGCGGUGCGGAAAGCUGGGUCGAAGUACGACGCGGUGAAGGUGAAGGUGGUGUUUUCACAGGGCGACGGGGGCCGGCGGGAGCCCGUGUCGCACGUGCUGUCGCGCUACCUGAUCUCGCGGCGAUUAACUGCAAUCAAGGUGCAUCCGGACGACGCGGUGCGCGUCGCGCUCGACCUGAAGAAGCGUCUCGUCGACCGCGGGAUGCUGGAGGUCCACGCCUCUGAGCUCGAGAGCGAGUUAUUUGCAGAACUGCUGCGGCGCAGCUACACACCGAAGGAGCUCCGGCGGUACCAGAUGGUCGAGGCGUUCCAUCGCAUGCGCAUACCCCUUCUCAUCCUCAUCGCCGGGCCCGCAUCCUCGGGCAAAACGGCCCUCGCCAUGCAGCUCAGCUCGCGUCUGAACCUGCCGCACGUUGUCCAGGCGGACCUCAUAUGCAGCAUGCUACGUUCGAGCGGCAUCGCCGGGCUGGAUCCGCGCGCCCUGUGGCUGCGCGACGACCUCGACAGAGCCGCGUUCCUCGCCGAGUUCGCCCGCGAAUGCGCCGUCGUCCGCGCGGCCCUCGCGGAGGAGGUGAGCAAGUGUUGCGUUGACGGCAAGUCGCUCAUCAUGGAGGGGUCCUGCCUGGACCCUGCGCUCUUCGCGGACGCCAUGGGCCCCGUCGGCCCCGCUCCGUGGCACGACGGCGCCGCGGCGGGGACGCGCGCCGCGCCACGCCCCGCCGUUCACGUCGGCGACCAGCGCGCAGUCGUGCACAUGCCUGUGGUGCUGCGGCUCGCAACGGGCUCGCGAUGCGGCCCCACGGGGCGCGACGCAGCUGGGCAGGCCGCUAGCGGCGCGUUCGCGCAGAAGCAGAGGUGGGUGGAGGAGUAUUUGGUUGCGUCUGACAGAGAGGUGCCGCGGAUCGACGUGCGGCUCGACGAGGAGUCGACAGCCGCGGCGCUGGAGUCCCUGCACGACUGGUGGCUCGCGUGCGUCGAGGCGUGCGUCGAGGCGGCGCGCCCCGCGCCCUGA